AUUUACGUAUCGUGGCGGGAUGAGGCGAGGUCUGAGCACUCGGGCUUUGGCAAGGCAACCUCAACACCAACGAGUUAAUCACGGGCGCCUUCUGAUAGAAGACGAUAUCUUGGAAAGUCAUAAAUAAUCUACCGAGAAUUAAGCAAUAAAUUGAUUUGCCCGUACGCGCCUUCGCUGGGUGCUAAGCAAAGAUGGUUUCCUUUCAACACCUCGUUCGAUUAUACAACAUGGCAGUCACCAUCAACUCCGGUAUGAGCUGUGCUUCGCUGCUGAAAGAGGGAGUUUACAAUGGCAUCAUCGUCACCUGAUAAGCGAAUACUCUCAGCUGAUCAAUAUGACUCCUUCUCUUCUUCACCGAUAUCGUCUUCAGACUUCAUCUUCACAGCAUCACAACCUCUCUCUUCUCAUCCAUCUGAUAGUGUCCUCAAAUUAACAUCAACCAACCAUCUCGACUAAUUCAAGAUGCCUCCUUUACCAGCUAAACACCCACGACAGAUCCCUCUGGAGGUCACAGUCUAUGGCCCCCACAACGCUCUUAGAGCUGCCAACUUUGGCGCAAAACGUCUUCUCCUCUGCCGAAAAGGCUCCUCUGCCGUAGGCGGACUCACUCCCACCGUCCAAGAGCUUUGCCAUCUCAAAAACAAGAUCCACAUCCCAAUCAGCUGCGCCAUUCGACCUCGUGGAGCUCCUAGCCCUUCUGCUCCUGGCGAGUCUCACGACUACAUCUACUCUAACAAUGAAUUCGUCCAGAUGAGUGAGUCUAUUCGCCAGCUCAAAGAAGCAGGCGUCAUGAAUCCUAUCCGCGGAGACUCCUUCGUUUUUGGAUGUGUUAGGCGUAGCCAUGAGGAAACGACUCAGAACUCUCGCGACAAAAUUGUGGUUGAUCGAGCAUACUGUCGCUAUCUCAUCGACAUGGCCAAGCCAUUUGGUUGUAUCUUCAACCGUGCUUUCGACCACUUUACUGAACGUGGAAACCCAGGAGAUGUCAUUGCAGAGCUCACCACUCUCGGCUUCACGGGUAUCAUGACAGCUGGAGGGCCAGGUCUCUUCUCCAAUCACGUUGAGCGACUCAACGCCAUGUGCUAUCAUACCACGCACAUCCAACUCAUUGUCGCCGGCGGAGUGUGCUGCCCUGAGAUUCAGAAACUUCGAAAGCGUGCUCACGACCAUGAUGGUCUCUCUAUCUGGCUGAAUGGCGAAUGUCUUCGACCCAAGGAUCAUGAUGAUCCAGAGACUACCGAUAUGAACGGCGUCAUGUCGCUGAUUGAUCAGCUUGGCCUUCAGACUACGGACUAGUUAUCCCCCCAUGACAUCGGCAAGCAGAUUUUUUACUGACUAGGAUGCAUUCGAAAUUUGACGAACGCCAGGUCACAUCGCACGUGUAUCAUAUGGGAAAUGUUAUGGAAGGAAAGGGUUAUGAAUUUAUGAUUUAUGAGUGACGACUUAUAGAACGUCUGGAAUUGCCGCGGAAUUUGCUAUCAACAAUGAAACCCAAGGGAUCAAAAUGCGAUGGGCCGAGGAAGAUCACAAGAAAUCUGUAACAAUUGACAACCAGAUACGCUCGCAUACAAAAUGCGAAUGAAUAAAAAUCUGUAAAU